AUAUGGGUGCUUUUGCAACACUUAUCAGGACUCUUAUCAGGACAAGAUUGAAGACUGAGUUAACAAAAGAGAGAAACUAAGAAGACAUUUCAUAAAGAGAAGACCAUGAAGAUAUACAUGAAGACAUCACUAUUGGCUGUUGCUGUAAUAUUUGAAAUUGCAGUUUUUUGCUCGGGUGCUGAGAUCGUACAUUUGCAAGACGAACAACAACAAGACUCUUCUAUCAACAAAAGAUCUCUGAAAUCAGGAGUUUCUGAAAUCAACUUGAGCUUCCAACAUGGCAUGAGGGAUUUCAUCGUGAAUGGGAAAACUGGCAAAAUUAGUCAAGGUAUUCCAGCAUUUUUUGCAACUCUGACAUCUGGUUCCAUCGGACCAAACUACGCUCAUGAUGCCAUCAAGUUCAAUGACGUCUCAUUAAACAUUGGAAAUGGUUACAAUCCCAGCACUGGAAAGUUUACUGCACCUGUUGAUGGUAUUUAUCAAAUAAGUUUUUCUUAUUUGCAAAAUAAUGGUUACACAAGCCACGUUCAGUUGAUAAAGGAUGGUCAAGUUUAUACUGAAUUGCACGCCAAUCACAAGAAUCAUGAUCAGUUGAGUAAGACGGUUCUUAUUCAGCUGAAGAAAAGUCAGACCGUGUGGGUUCGCCUGCCCAAAAGUUCAGGUUAUGCUGUUUAUGGCAGUAAUAGAUACACAACAUUUGCUGGAUAUUUGAUAUCUCAUUAAUAAUUCUACAUGAAAUGAUACUUGUUGCAUGCAGGCUUAAUUUGUAUACAUAAUUGGUCAUAUAGAUGUAACCAUGUAUUGUUAUCACAUUAAAACGUUGUCCAUCAUCUGACAACCAUGUUUUUCGCCGUAUGCAGGGACCACGGACCCUUUUUAAAAAACGACCAGAACGAAAUGGGAGUUUCAUGCACACCCCACACAGAAUUACGCUAUGAGAUCAGACAAUGUAAUAUUGAACUGGGCGCCCGUUAGAGGCCUGAAUGGCAGGCGGUCCUUAAAAUCGGGCAAUUU